ACAUGUUUUAUGAAUGUCAAAUAAUUCGAAUUUAUACUAACGCGUUCAUUUUUUCUCAGUCGUAGGUGAGCCUGUAUUUGGUAUUGCAUAAAAAGAUAACGAAACGAAGUGCAAGUUGACAGUACCGCUGAUUUUCAAAGCAUUUGAAAGUUAACGAAAUAUUUUCUUCCACCAAAAUACAUCUUUACGAAAAUAUUGACUUGAAUAAUAGAGUUCGUAUCUCUGAUAACUAAGUUCUAUAAAAAAACCAAAACUUGAGUGUUGCCAAUUUAAAAGCAAAAUCCAAAGGUAUAUGAAAAUGAGUAAAAUUAAGCCGAAAAUUGAACGAGAUCUGCUGAAACCGUAUGAAAGAGUUUUUACUGCAAACCAAAAUCCGCUCAAUGCAAAAAUGAUUGAGUCGCCAAUCGGAACAUUGGUUGCUGUGACGAAUGAAAAAAAUCUACUAAUGCUCACCUCAGUCGAUGGUAAGCAUUUGGAUGCUGAACUGAAACACUUGACAAAGGUCUAUUCAAAGUCAAUUGUUGAAAAUGAUGAAGCCGAACCGUUAAAACUCCUUGAAACAGAAUUAAAUGCAUAUUUCAAAGGCAAUUUGAUGGCAUUUAAAACAACAUUUGAAAUUGAUAAAUUGGGAACGGAAUUUCAACGAUUAGUUUGGAAUGAAAUCUAUAGAAUUGUAUAUGGCACAAGUAGUACCUAUUCCGAACUUGCUCAACGCAUUGGAAAACCGAAAAGCUAUCGUGCUGUGGCCAAUGCAUGCGGACGAAAUCCAAUUUCAAUUGUAAUCCCAUGUCAUCGUGUGCUAGCUUCAAAUGGCUUGGGUGGUUAUAGCAGUGGCAUCUCAAUGUAUUUUUUCGCUGGCUAAAAAGAAAGUGAAAGGUGAUAACAAUCGAAAAAGAAACGAAAACUAAUGUUAAUUUCUGUGAUAUAAGUUUAAAUUCGCUGUAACGUAUAUUUGAUAUUAAAAUUGC